AUGGACUGCGCAAUCACCGCGCCACCGAGCACCUCAAGCCCCCACCGAGACUCGUGGGGCUCUACAUCGUCAGCUUUCUCCAACGUCGAAAUGUCUUUCUCCCAUGACAGUUGCUAUGGCUCGGAUGAAGUAUCUGUCACCUCAAAUGGUACUGCUCCCGGCCAGCUGCAAUGUGCGGCCACCGCUGCGAAACAAGCUAUUCGUCCUUUCCUGAAAUCGAUCCUCAAAAACCCUUCAACCGUCUUUGAGUCCGACGAGGAUUCCGACUCGGAAUCGGGCUAUAGCUCGGAUGACAUCGACUCGGAGUACGAUGCACUAUCUGACGAAGAGGAGGAAGAUGAUGAUAUGUCUGACUUCUCGGUUUGGGAUGGAGAAGCAUCUCAAGAUGUACCCGAAACUCAUGAAGACCAUACAGAGUCUUUCGAUGAUGCCUUCAUCUCCUUUGAAGAAAACUCUGUGCGCUUUGCCCCCGAUGUGCAGUACAUCGAAAGCCCAGAAGUAUCAGGUGACGAAGAUGACGAAGGCGAUCAUCAGAUGACAUGUCACGAGAUGAUGCUGCUUGCCCGAAGCACGAGCGGUACUCAAACACUCCUGGAUCAACUCGAUAAGAUGGACAUUCAAGAAGAAGAAGACGAAGCCGAAGAAUGCCACCGAGAGUUUGUCCGCAAAUCAGUCACUCAGCCGGAAGAGUUCUCGCGUGAUGCCGUCGACCUCGAUCGCAGUCUCUUUGCCGCUUACAUCAACGGUAUCCAUGGCGUUACCAACAAGACCUUCGAGCAACAAUAUGAAUCAUACCUUCGAUCCCAGGUUGACCAUGUUCGCCUGGGUAAGGAUACCGACGGCAUGGGCCCUGACGAUCCACCUGCGCUCUAUUUCGAUCUCAUCUCCAGUCAUGUCAUUGGCACUUUCCGCAAUCUUCUCGAAGAUGAUGAAUGGAACGAGUUGAUUUCACUUCGCGCAGAAGAGCAAGUCGAUGAGACUGAUCCCAGCGCUUGCUCACCCGGCUUGGAUCACCAUCUAGCUCUCUUGCAAAAGAUCGAACAAUUCCUCCUUGAACGAUUGACCGAUGGCCUCGUCGACGUUGCUCCCGAGGAGUUGACGCUCUUUGCUAGUGGCAUUGUAUCUGAGCUCGAUACCAAAACUUAG